AUGACGUUCGAUGACGAUUCCAUUUAUAAACUCGUGAUUAAAACAUCGGUCAUCGACUCUACCGACGUCACCGACAGUCUGGAAAGGCAGCCAAGAAGCAAACGUCUAGCCCUUCAUCCGUCACAAUGGAGAAUGCAUCUCUGGCCGGGUGGUGUAGUCCCGUACGAGAUCGCUCCUCAUUACAACGAGUGGGAGAGAGGUGUUAUUCUAUCUGCAAUGGCCGAAUUCCCUAAGCAUACGUGCAUAACGUUCCGUCCUCGAAAUGCCGGAGAUCGUUACUAUUUAACGAUUAACAAGUACUACAACCUCGAGAGAUGCUUCUCCUAUAUUGGUCGCCAAACGACAUACAUUUUCCGUACUCCCGAAGGAAAUGUCGAGACUCGAAUGAGGCUCGAUCCGAGCUGUCUAACGUUCAAUGGUCGUGGUACGGUCAUGCACGAGCUGAUGCACAUUCUUGGCUUCUACCACGAGCAUCAAAGGGACGAUCGCGAUCCACGAGUCGGUGGCAGCGCCACUCAUUAUAAUUACAAAAUUUAUCCACGAUGGUCAACUUACUACAUGGGCAAAUACGAUCCAACCUCAAUUAUGCACUACAACUUUCCCGGAAUCGUCUACCCACGUUCAUACUUCAGUGUCAGCGAUAUCCUUCGUAUCAACACCUUGUAUAAUUGUCCAAAGUUUUGGUGA